AUGUAUCACAUAGACGAGGAUACUGAACCUGAAUCGCGAGACCCUGCGUUUAAAGUCGACUGGGAACCGAAUGAUGAUGAGAAUCCAAUCAACUGGCCUUUAUGGUAUAAGUCCUUCAUUGUUUGGUCUGUCUCAUUUACUACAACAUGCGUGAUAUUAUAUUCUACAUCGUAUACAUCUGGCUCUCCAGGGAUCCAAAAAUCGUUUAAUGUCCCAUCACGUACAAUUGUUCUACUCGGAUUGACCACAUACAUGUUGGGCCUGGCAUUCGGUUGUUUAGUACUUGCACCUCUGUCUGAAAUGCUUGGUAGAAGGUUAAUCUACAUAAGCACCGGUAUCAUGUUUACCGUUUUGGUUCUACCAGUGGCAUUGGCACAGAGUUUCGAGGCCGUCGUUAUCAGCAGGCUAUUUGGUGGUUUCUUCGGCAGUGCGACAGUAGUCGUUGCACCUGGUACUUUGAAUGAUAUAAUUCACCCCAAAUACCGAGCGCUAGCAUUUAGCCUUUGGAGCCUUGGGGCAAUGAACGGCCCUGUCUUAGGUCCUAUCAUCGGUGGCUUCGUGUACCAGUAUCUUGGAUGGCGUUGGAUCAAUUGGAUUGUACUUAUAUGUGGUGGAGCAUCGACCGCCUGCCUACUGUUGAUAAAAGAGACGUACGCACCUGUCCUUCUCGAGAGACGACGAAAGGCCAAACAAAUACAAACCGGCGAUAUGCGCUGGUGGACUACAUAUGAUAAACAAGUUCAAGAGACUGUCUGGCAAAGAUUAGCGACCAGCCUUAGUCGACCACUUGCUAUGGCUAUUUUUGAGCCAAUCUGCUUGUUUUGGAACAUAUACGUGGCCGUUGUGUAUGCAGUGCUAUUCUUAUGCUUUGUCGCUUAUCCGAUCGUAUUUCAGCAACUCCGUGGGUGGUCACCGGGGUUAGCCGGUCUUGGGUAUGUAGGAAUCGGCACUGGGAUAGCUCUGGCUGUAUUCUCAGAGCCAUUGGUCCGCAAAUUUCUGAUUGCGAAACAUCCACUCGAUCCGAUCACAGGCAAAGUUCUGCCGGAAGCUUUGGUACGACCGAUAUGCAUUGGGGGCAUCUUGAUUCCGAUCGGAGAAUUCUGGUUUUCCUGGACAGCGCGACCGCCAGUCCACUGGAUAUCCUGUAUACUAGCAGGUAUUCCUUUUGGCCUAGGUAAUGGACUUGUGUUCAUAUAUGCCACGAGCUAUCUGGCGGCUAGUUAUGGUAUGUAUGCAGCCUCUGCCAUAGCGGGCAACUCUCUCGUUAGGUAUGUCUUUGGCGGAGUAUUGCCACUUGCCGGCACAAGGAUGUAUCAAGCAAUGGGGGUAAAUUGGGCGGGUACAAUGUUAGCCUUACUAGAGGUUCUUUUGACCUUUAUCCCCUUUGUUUUCUUGCGAUAUGGUGGGAAGAUCAGGCAGCGCAGUCGGAUGGCUUCGAUCUAG